CGCCCAAAAGGUGCCCAUCAUCAAGCCAUGCGUCAAGCCAUGCCAAGCAACGCACCCCCAUUCCGACAACUCUCACUUUCCCACUUAAGCAAACAGACCUCAACCAACUAACAACAACAACAAGAAACAGCCAACCAAGCAACUAUGCCCGAAAUGGACGACAACAUCGACUACUACGCUGUCCUCGGCGUCAAGCAGGACGCUACCGAGGACGCCGUGCGUCAGGCUUAUAUCAAGGAGUCGCUCAAAUGGCACCCCGACAGAAACCCCUCCACCGAAUCCACCGCCCGUUUCCAACAAAUCGCCCAAGCCUACUUCGUCCUAAGCGACAAGAACCGCCGAACAGCCUACGACCGCGCCCGCCGCGAAAAGAAGCGGUAUGCCGCCCCCAGCGAGGAGCCCGUGAACGCUGAGGCUAUGUUUGGGAAUGUGUUUGAUGAUCUUUUGGUGCCGGAGGUUCCUAACCCUGUGUGGUUCUGGGAACCAGUCGGUGGAGUCGCCGGUUUCGUCGUAGGUUUCAUCGUCUUCAACAUCCCCGGCGCCCUCUUUGGCGCCUACACCGGGAAGAAGAUGGGGAAAGUGCGCGAUAUGAAGGGUGUCGCGGUUUACGAGGCUUUCGCUAAGCUGUCAAAAGACCGCAAAGCAGAAAUCCUCGCAGCCCUCGCUGGGAAAUUCUUGCCCAAGGCUUUCUAGAAAGUGGACAAUAUCCGCGCUGCCACACAUCCAAUCAAAACCGCAAAUACGUGCCUCAUCAAACAUUCACACAAACCUACCACCCCCACUUUUAAUAUGUUACGAGUACCCGGCGAUAUCUGUU